AUGGGCAGAGACGCGGAUAUCUCUGUUAACGAGCGGGCGUUUAUCCUCGAAGCGCUGCACAAGAAUGUGCGACUCGAUGGGCGCAAGUUUGACCAGCUCCGGUCUGUCGAUCUGACCUUUGGGGAGGAACAUGGCACCGUCAAGGUACAGCUUGGGAAGACAGCAGUCCUUGUGCGCAUAUCCGCAGAGCUGACGACCCCGCGACCUGAGCGCGAUUGUGAUGGCAUAUUCACUGUCGUAGUGGAAUUGAACGACAUGGCCCUGCCGGGCUACGAGACCGGACGACCAUCAGAGCUGGAGGUCAGCCUGUCCCGGACCCUUGACAAGAUCGUUCGACGAUCCAAUGCGCUGGAUACGGAGUCACUAUGCAUCGCCAAGGGGAGAAUAUGCUGGAAUAUCCGGGCAGAUAUUCAUAUAUUGGACUGUGACGGAGGACUGAUUGACGCCAGCUGCCUUGCCAUCAUGGCCGGGUUGCUUCACUUCCGCUUGCCGGAAUCCACCGUUCGAGACGGCGAGGUGACCGUCUUUUCCAUGGAGGAGAAAGUGCCUGUGUCACUCAACCUGACGAAGAUCCCGCUAGCCGUCACGUUCAAUCUCUACGACGAAGGCAGGAUUGUGCUUCUAGACGCCACGGCAGGCGAAGAGGUUGUCAGUGAAGGGUCGCUUGUCAUCGCCCUCGACAAGACGGGGGAGAUUGCACUGUACUCGAAGCCUGACGGCGCACCGGCCGACCCGGUGAACAUGGUGACAUGUUCUACCGUUGCGUUGGCCAAGGUCAGAGAGCUAAACAAGCUCAUCUCGGCCAAGCUGGAGGAGGACAAGCAGAUGCGGGAGAAGAAACGGCCCACGGCCGGACUGAGUGCUGCUAAUGAGAGAUGA